CGUCAAUAUGUGCUCUCUAAUGAAAAUCUGAAAGUUUAGUUGCAUCAGAAUAAAAGACUAUGGAGUGUCAAAGGUCACAAAGUACUUGCGCAACGCACUGAUAUUUCCAUUUAAACAUGAUAAGCAGAAUAUGUUAAUGAGAGACGCGCCCAAACUUCGUGUAAGAAUGAAGAAAGUUGCAGUAGUAGGCGCCGGUCCUUCUGGUUUAGUUGUCCUAAAGUAUUGCAUUGCUAACGGUUUCGAAUGUGAUGUGUACGAACAACGAGGCUUUCUCGGAGGUACUUGGUACAGCGACAAGAGUGGUGAAGAUGAAGAAGACAACCUAAUUUACACCACCCUUUACAAGGGUGUCAUGACAAACAUACCGAAAGAGAUUAUGAUGUACCCAGAUUACCCUUAUCCCUCCGAAGAAACACGAUCGUAUCUUGGUGCCGUAGAGGUGUUCGAUUAUUUCAAAGGAUACGCCGACACCUUUAAUUUGCAUCCACAUAUUAAGUAUCGUAGGUGUGUUUUGAACAUAGCAACGAAUGUUAAUGACACAUGGAGUGUGACAGUAAAAAAUUUAACAACAAAGAUUGUGGAUACGGUUGUCUAUGACUACGUUUUCGUAUGCAGUGGCCAUUUGUGGCAUCCAAUUGUGCCACAAUUUCCAGGUCGGUAUACAUUCAAAGGUACUCAAGUACAUAGCUUCAAGUACUACGAACCCAGUGCUUACAAAAACAGAAGAGUGCUUGUAGUGGGUGCGCGUUCUUCGGCCAGAGAUAUAGUGCACUAUAUUUCGUUAGUUGCCGAUCACGUAUUUGUAAGUUACGAAGGUUUAUGUUUGGUGACGUUUGGAGAGAAAGUUAGUUCAAUGCCACUAGUUGAAGAAUUUCGUGAACAUUCUGUUGUGUUUGAGGAUGGAACGGAAGAAGUAGUCGAUGAUAUAGUCUAUUGUACAGGAUAUGAUUACAGUUAUCCAUUUUUAAGUAGAGACUGUGGUAUAACCAUUGAAGAUAAACACGUUAAUCCUCUUUACCUGCACAUGGUAAACAUCGACCAUCCCACAAUGUUUUUCAUAGGUAUCCCAUUUAUAGUUUGUGCAAUACCAAUGUUUGACCUACAAGUUCGAUUCUGUAUAGAGGCGAUGAAGCAGAGUUUCAAAUUGCCAUCAAAGAGACUAAUGUUGGAGGACCUGCACGACGAAAUAAGAGAGAAAGAAAAGCUUAACGUUCCAAGACGGCACAUACACAGGAUGGGAGAAUUUCAAGAGCAAUAUUGGGCAAAAGUUGCGCAAAUUGCGUCAAUUAAACCUCUACCUCCGGUUUUGUGUAGAAUUUAUGAAGAAUCGCGAAAACAAAGGUUAUUGGAUAAAUGUUACAGAAUUAUUGAUGACGAAAAUUUUGAAAUCUACUACCCAUAAGCUAGUAGUAGUCCUAUUAUUUCAUUACUAUUAAUUUAUUAUUAAUGUUACAUAUGGAAAUUAGAAAGCUCGUACCUGUAUACAAAGCGGAACUCUACAUAAACAAUUACGGAAAUGGAACUUUUGUGAAUCAGACCUUGAAACACAAACUCCAGGAUAUUUUGCACAAAGCUGCAGUGUAACUUAUUAAGACCACAUCCGAUCUUUGGAAUCGGUAACACCAACAGUUUGUAGCACAUUCCAAAAAUUCAAGUAACUUAUCUUAUCCCAAGAUCGAUCUUUUGUUACCUGAUAAUAAAGUAAUCGUCCCUUC